AUGCAUCAGCACCCUAGACAUCCGCCGAGGACGGCAUCUCCUGCCUCCUCACCUCAAACAAAUCCCACAAGAUCAAAUAAUCCCAGAGAAGGCAUAGGAGCUCAGGCCAGGGCCUCGCCGGAGUCACCCCGGCCAGGACCUUCUAGCUCUGUUGGAAGCGGAGAAUUCGAGCUCAAGGGGCCGAGUCCCGAAUCCAUCAAGAAGCUGGAUUCAAUCGUCCAGAAUCUGUUUCUCAAGGCUGCCGUACUCGUUGCCCAGGCGCGCAUCAAGACAACGCCCUUGGGGGCAGGCAAGACCAACAAAUGGUUCUCACUAGAAACUGACGAGAUCGACGAAUUUCGAAACGAUUUCCGCUUGUGGAAGAAUUGCAGCGCCUUCGAAACCCCUUUCCCAGCAAUGGUGAUUGAGACAUACUUGGAUGCCUCUCGCCUGUCACCAAGCCAAUGCCUGGUCGUGGUUGACGAUAAUGGUAAGAGAUGGGAUGUGCUCGAAGCCCUGAAUUCUUCGGAAACCAGCGAUGACAGCCCGACCUCGAGAAGGCGACACACUGAAGUCAUACUGGAGCGGUGGCGUUUCGAACUGAAGCCUGCACCGAUCGAAGACGUCGAGGAUUUCGGACCGACACUGCCGACCAUUUACAAGAAGUGCAUAAUAUUCUUCCGGGCGCUGUUCACGGCCAGUCGAAUAAUACCCUCGUACAAAUUCUCCCAGCAAAACAUGACGAGGAAGCCUCAGCCGGCCCUAGAAGUCAAGUGUCGCGUCUUGACGGGCGAGACCGGGUCUGGUGGGCAUGACGCGCUUCGGCAACCGCUCGGCGACGGCCGCGACGUGGUGACCGACUACAUGCUGGGAGACUUGGAAGUGCCCGUAGGCCGGUUCUACGCCUCGGUCGCAUACCGCAAUGACUGCCAUUUUCGGGUCGAUGACGCGGAGUCGCUCCUGAGUUCCCGCUUUAUGGGGGUAGAUGAGAACUUCUUCAAGCCGUCAAUACCCCAGGGCAGGGAGCCCAGCCGUCGAGAAUCUUCGGCUGAGCUUCCCUCCGAGGUGGUCCGCCCCCUGACCAGUUCAGGUUCGUUGAAUGCUGAUGAUGAUAACAUUUCCGAGUUCCUCAAGGUCCUGGAUAGCAAGAAGACGCUUCCGAGCCUCGAGCCUGGAAGGAAGGGCGAGUCGGCUACCAAGCGAACAGUGGCACAGCUUUCGAAGUUCCAGCACAUGCGCGACUCAAAUAACGCCCUCACGGAGUCGAUGGCCUCCUCGGUGCAACUGCAACGAUCAUCGAGCUCCCCCGAGGGCACCACGGCGAUCGAUAUUCCUCUUCCCCUGUCACCUAGAAUCCUGCAGACCAACCGACGAUCAAGCUCGGUCGCACAGCAACACCGGGCCAUGGCUGAGGAUGAGGAGGCAGAGCUGGCGUUUGGAGGACACCGGAGCAUCAGUCUCGGGGCCGAACGGGACCCACCAACUGCCAGUACUCUGUUCGGCAUGGAGCGGGGUGACUCGACGGAUGACGCCACGGGACUCCAGCCCGCUGCAACUAUACGGACUACUGCGGCAGGCGGGUCGCCAAGCCUGGCGGACGAGAGGAACCCACCGGGAGGUCUCCUUGCUGGCAAUUCUGCGAGCUCGCCGGGCCGUCUUCGCUACACGAGCACGCGCGGUCGGCCGACGCCGCCACAAUCCUCCAGGGGCAGUUUUGCGGGCAGUACGAGCGGGCGGUAUGGCGCGGGGCGUGGGGACAACGACGCCGAUGAGGAGCCACUUGUGUUCGACAUGCAGGUGAGCGAGAUGGGGCGUCGAAGCCUGGAAGAAGGCCGUGGGGGAGGCAGUGUCGGCAGCAGUUCGAAUGACCGAAUCACGCAGGCCUCGGCCGGCCUGUUGGAACUGGGCGAGCUGAGGCACAGAUGCACAUAG